UUCGGAGCAAUUUUUCCCAGUUGCAUUUCGUCUUCCGUUCGUGUCGCUCGCAACAUCAGCUGCCAAGUCCCGCGCGUUCAAAUAAGCACCCAAAGCCCCCUAUUCACUAGAAGUGCUAGUUUGGUGGAAAGUUGCAGCGAAAAAAAAGGAGUAAAAGGACACCGAUUCGCGUUCUGCGUUCGUCAAUCGUUCGUCACACCGCGUAAUGUUUGGCGCCUGAUUCCGGGAACAAUUCGAAAAAAGAGUAGCUUUCACCCGUUUGAUUCGGCAAAGUUGUGACUUGUGUUGUGUUGAAAUUUCCAGCAUAGCUGGUGGGAUUUCUGGCAAAAGGGAAAUUGAUUUGUCGUGAAUGAAGCUACGAGCCCUUAAAGUGGUAUCCUCGCUGGCUCUGGUCGGAAUCGCGAACACGAGCGAAAACGGGUAAAUCGAGAGAAAGUGUAAAUUUUUCGUGAAGUCGGUCGGUACCACAGUAAUCGAAAACACCCAGGGAUUUUCCUAGUGAAAUCCGGAUGUGUGUAUGUGUACUACUGGUUUGAUAACAGACUGAAGUGUUUGUUCCUGAUGGUGUAAGAUUCGUGAGAAACGGAUCGUGUGAUUCACGUCCAAGUGGGGUAGUUCAACGGGAAAGUGUAAACAAGGAAGACCGAGUAGUGAAAAGACGAUUGUGUGACAGUGAAACGGGAUGACUAUCGGAAAAAUCGAAUAAGCUUGCCCGAGUCAGUAAGUGUGGGAGUGUCGAAAAGGGGUUAAAGUGGAGAAAUGAACGACACGGGUUACUUCAAAAGCAACGACGGCACCGCUGCUGACGAUGAACCGGGAGCCUCCGGGAGGAAUGGUGGUGGCAGCAUCGCUGGCCAAACGGCAAGUGAACGGGUUGGUAUCGGAAGCCGUAGAAUGUCAUCAUCGGGAGCUGCUGCUGGUGCUACCGCUACUGGAGGAUUAUCACCCGGUGGUGGCUCUUUUCGGCAGCGAAGCAACAGCAGCAGCAGCAGCUCAGUCAACAGGAGAAGCCUAUCAAAAAUCUCCAACCUGGUCCAGCAUCGUUCCGAGCAGCAGCAGCAGCAACACUCGUCGGAGCGGACGCUGCGGGCAAUCGGACGGGUCGGACAGGCAGUCAACCUCGCAGUGGAACGGUUCGUCACGGUGGGCGAAACAAUCGCAGAUGACAAUCCGGAAAUCAAACAGGACAUGUACGAUGCCUGCAAGGAGGCCCGAGCAGCUGGCUCAUCGAUAGAGCGUUUAUGUGAUAUUGCGGCAACGGAUCCGGUGGGUUACGCGCCCCGGCCUAAUCCGAUUGACGACAGAGGACCGAUGAUACGGGCGGCCCGGACCCUGCUAAGCUCGGUGACGCGGGUCCUGCUGCUGGCCGACAUUGUGGUCGUUAAACAGUUAUUAUUAGCCAAAGACAGGGUAGCUAGAACUUUAGGUAGAUUAGAAUCAGUGGCCAAUUUUACAGAAUUCGUGAAAGCCUUCUCGGUAUUCGGUGCUGAGAUGGUGGAACUGGCGCAUGUGACAGGUAAUCGACAGAAUGACUUGAAGGAUGAACGACGAAGAGCGCAGAUGUCCUCUGCGCGUCAGGUGUUGGAACGUUCGACCAUGAUGCUGCUGACGUCAUCCAAGACAUGCAUGAGGCAUCCAGAGUGCGCCAAUGCCAAGGAGAACCGAGACACCGUGUUCUGCCAGAUGCGACGGGCGAUGGACCUCAUUCAUUAUGUGGUGAAGGAUGGUAUUCUGGAAACCGCCAGCGAACGAAAUGCGUUACGACAGGUCCCCGAAUGGGAUUCGGAACGAGCGACGGCUUUUACAUGUCUGCGCCAUUUUUCCCGGCUUAUCGAAAUGUCCAGACCGGACUACGAUCGGCGCAGUUCCGGCAGCAAAACUAGUUCUUCCAUGAUGGCAGCGGUGGGACCACCGCCCGGAGUGAUCGGCAAAGAUUGCAUCUCGCCUAGUUCACUGCGCGAUAAGGAAACCGGCAUCGAGUACCGGCGGGAGCUGAUACGACGGAACAGCGAGCGCGAUCGGGAGAGAAAUUCCAUUGGUCAUUCCAGAGAGUAUAGUACUAGGGAACGGGAGUUCCCCAAAUAUGACAAUAAAGCUGAUUUAGGGAUCUCAAUAUUUUCCACCGACACCCGGGAGCAGUUGCUAGCCGCGCUGGACAAGGUUUGUGAAAAAACUCAAGACUUCACCGAUUCGGCAUACACCAGCCAUGACCAUCGGGAAAAUAUACUGCUUUUGUGCGACCGGGCCAAACUGGAACUGAACCAGUUGAUGCGGAUUGCCGUCAGUAUGGAACAGUAUCCGAACUCGACUUUCGAUAUCGAAAGCGUCGUCGAAAGUGUUUUGAAUGCGGCCCAAGAUCUAACCACACAGCUGACACUUACGGCUCAGGAUCAGUCGGCGGAGCUGUCACACAUCAUCAAGUCCGGCAUUGACAUUGCCAACUCGCUCAGGAAUAUUGCCUUAAACCAGGAGAUCGAUCGGUUGCAGGAAUGUGCCGAUCGGUUUCACGAGCACAUCGAUCAUGUGCUUGAGGUUUGCAAACUACUGCGGCAAAUAGCUCUGACGGAAACUCUACAGGUGCAAGCCAAAUUCACGGAAAUCAACGUGCGCAUCUACGGUCCUCAGGUCAUUACGGCGUCCCGAGCACUGAUGUCGCACCCGCAGAGUAAAAUGGCGAAAGAAAACCUAGAAGUGUUUGUCGAUAUGUGGCAGUGGCUGUCCACGGAUGUGACCACCAUCACCAAAGAGGUCAUUGAUCUGGCUCAGACAUCGACGAAAGCCGACAAAACCACCGAAUAUCUUAGUCUUCCGAGACCGGGGAAACACGGAACCACAUCGAAACCGCUGAAACCAACCCGACUGGACUCCGAGGAGCAGGAAAAAAUUGCCAAAACCGGACUCGAAAUGAAGAUGGUCACCAACGAAAUGGACGCCGAAACGGACAAGUGGAACGGGGCGUCCGAGGAGAACAACGACAUCGUUAAGAGGGCGAAAAACAUGUCGGCAAUGGCCUUUUCGAUGUACCAAUUCACCAAAGGUGAAGGUACACUACGAACGACGCAGGACCUAUUCACCCAGGCCGAGUACUUCGCCGAGGAGGCCAAUCGGCUGUACAAGGUGGUCCGUCAGUUCUCCUACCAGGUACCGGCCGGGGCACCGAAGAAGGAACUGCUCGAUCACCUGGACAAAGUGCCAACCUACGUGCAGACGUUGCAGUUUUUGGUCAAGGAUCCGGCCGUCGGUAAGGACGCCACCUUCGUCAAGGUCGACCACGUCAUCCAGGAAACGAAGAAUCUGAUGAAUGUGAUAUCGAAGGUGGUAUCCACCUCGUUCGACUGCGCCAACAAGUAUAAGCUAGACUUUAGCGGCCUGGCCGGCCGGGCAGCGAGCGGUGGAGCCCGGGACGAGGACGGCAGUUCCGGGCUGCAGGGCGAUAGCAAGGGCUCCACGACCAGCACCGAGGCGAGCAUGUGACAGUACGGGAUGGCCCGCCGGGGCAUGAAAGGUGACGCCCGGCGGACCAGAGUGUCCUUCCUCCUGUUUUAGAAUAAGCAUUAAACAUUACAUAUGACCGUAUUUAUCGAAUUUAUAUUCCAACUUGUGUAUGUUUGAUGAUUCUCGUUUAGAGCAGACCCGAACCCGAAGAAAUAGGGGGCGAAUACAUAAUUGUACGUCGAAUUGUUCGUCUCGUAGAUUUUUCCACGUGCCAAAAUUUAAAAUACAAGAGCGACCAUCAAACCAAAACCACAUACACAACCGCAUAACAACAAUAAACACACACAGACACACGAAGCAGUCAGCGUCGCAUAACCGAAAGAAAAAACGUGUUUGUUAAAUAUGUGUAAUAUGAAAUCAUAAAUAUUGAAAUAUGAAUGUUUAGUGAAUCGAAACAAAGCCCAAAUCAAAAACAAACAAAACGAAAACGAGGAGAUUUCCCGCCCGCAUACAAGUUAUCAAGCUUAGCCUCAACUCCUUUCGCUUCGGGCACAUCCAACGUAUCGGUGAAUGACACUGCUAUUAGAUUCUGUCUGCUUGACUAGCCUUUCCCUCAUUAUUCAAAUUGCACUCCGAAUAGAGACAUUACUCUGUUAGCCAAGCUCGCGCUAAUGGCUCGGUCCUGCACACUCAAACACACUCACACAUGCACCCACAGAAACACGUACACUCAUUCAGCCGAAGCCCGGUAUUCAUGGACUAGGAAAUUUUUCGAAAUCGCUGUUAAUGAAGCUCGAAAAUCACUUUCCCGUAUCCGAGGCAAUAUUUAAUCCAGUACCGGAUGCGGAAGUAAUUGCCAGCUACGGAUGGGUAACUAAUUAAAAUGCACACACAUGCACACACAUACACAACCCACGAACACAAUUCGCGCCAACGCAAUAGUUUAGUAAUCGCUCUUUAAUGAAUCACAAGGCAGAAGGUACUGGGAAGUUGUAAUUAUUGUGCAGCGAUGAGUCGAAUCAAGACCACAUGAGAAGAUUUACAAAGCAAUUUUGUUCAAACAAGACGUAGAUUCGUAAAGACGUUGACAUGCCACAAGGAAGUCAUCAGGGGUUUUUGAUUGAGGCAAUUUUUGUGAACGAUAGCAAUGAUAUACAAUAGGUAGUUAAUUUGUAAAUGAGUACGUUCAGUACGAUCUGAAGGAUGCAAAUUUGGACAAAAAAAAACGUUCAACGAAACAAGCAUAUCAAAUUAUUUAAGUGACAUUCAAUAUCAUCCUAAGCCGCAAUAGCAAUCAACAGGUCCGAAUAGGUUAUGAGAGGCUUUGAAUCGACUCCAUCGCAGCACACACUACGCUUUCCUGUUCCCGACCGGCAAAGCCCCUUCAGCAAAUGCACGCCACAUCCGCUUCCUUCAAGGAGUCCACUACUCAAACGCCACACAACGAACUGCCGUGCGCCGAUACUAUUUUUCCGCCGUGGAUGAUCUAUUAGAAUAGAGUUCCUAGUUGCAGCUCGAAAACUUUCGAAAUCUAUCGCGUCAGGUCAAGCGAAAAUUGCUAGAGAAUAAGAAAAAACAAACGCACUUGCACUUUGCACUGACCCGCUUCACCGUCCCGGCUGAGUCGUUCCGCCGUCGUCUCGUCGUCUGUCUCCUCAAAAACUCUCGCGCAGCAGCAGCAGCAAUAAAAGCGCGAGUCUCAUCCACGGUGGACUCUUUGAUGAGGAGUUUGCGGAGUUGGGUGGGUUUUUUGGCCGAGUGCCUGGAAGCUCGCAUGGCUCCGCGAACGGAUCAAAGUAGAACCUACUGCUCUUAAUCUUAGUGGUAGAAGUUUAAAAACAAAAUCACAGUGGCUCCUGUCUUUGCUUGGAUGUGGCGUUUAUUUCUCUAAAUUUUACUAAUCAAAUGAAAAAAAAGUAACAAAGAAAAAUUAAGAAAAUUAAGUUCCGCUGAAUGAAACAGUCUCCUGUUCCCCGUCAGGGAAAAGGAGAAAUGGAAUGAAGCUCGAGUUCUAGACAGUCUGUCAAAACGAUUAAAUCGUAUUGAUUUGUACCUGCGUAGAUUUUUUCUUUCAACUUUGUGUAGUCGAACGUUAAUUUUGAGUGCGUUCUGAAUUAGUUAGAGAUCCAAUAGGUUGUACAGUACACUAAGAACAAAACUCGUAGAUUCGCAUUUCGUAAAUUUAUAAAGUAAAACUAGUGGCAAGAAUUUCCAUUGGCAUCGUACUUUUCGAUAAGGUUUACAGUUACGUGGUCAGUCAUGAAGAAUAGUAAAGGUGGUCAUUUUCUUUAGGUUUAGUAAGAAAUAGCUAGGGUAGCAGGUUUGUAGUAAGGUAAGUUAAAAAUGUACUGCUCCAGAAAGCGUUCUGGCAAUAAAACCAUAAAUUUCUGGUUUGCAGCAGUGGAACGAUUGCUUUUCGCGAAAUAACAAAAAUUCGAUUUUUUCAUUCUGUACUUUAAAUGUUUCCUAACGUCCUAACGGUUAUGGGAAAAAGUUACGGUAGUAGAAAUGUGCUGGAAGGAUCGGCUUGAACGGCAUCAAUGAAAUAAAGCUUGAGUGAAUGUUACCUUAUUGUUUUAAAAUAGCUCCCAACUGCUGUCACGUUUUCAAAAAUAGUUUAAAACAAUGAACCAGAAUAACAUAAAAAAUAAACCGUUAAUAAUCGGUUUAUAGUUAUUGAGGGGUUUGACGAAAAGGGGAGCGGGCCAUUUCGCCGAAAGUCGUUUCGCCGAAAAAGCCUUCUGAGGAUCAUGAAUAAACCUACAAAAAUUAUUCAAGUCUCUGGAUCAUAUCAGAAGUACGAUUGUAGGCCAACAAAACGGGAGUAAACAUAAUCAUUUUUGAUUUGUCUUCUUUUAUCAAUUCCAAUUACGAUAUUAAGACUAAUGACGAAUUCGGCAAAAUUACCCUUUCGGCGAAAUGACUUUCGGCGAAUUGACUUUCGGCGAAUUGACUUUCGGCGAAAUGACUUUCGGCGAAUUGACUUUCGGCGAAAUGACCCUUUCGGCGAAAUGGCUUUCGGCGAAACGGCAUUCGGCGAAACGGCAUUCGACGAAACGGCUUUCGGUGAAAUGGCUUUCGGCGAAAUUACCCUGAUCCAACGAAAAGUCCUCUUCUGUGCUAUGGACACAUAACCGUUUUCACUAUUAUUUACGUAUCGUCUUCGACUCGUCAGAGCAGAGCAGUUCAAAUUAAACUGCUUAGGCGCAAUAUAAGUGUUUCGCAAUAGCGUUAACUUUACGUCUGCUUAGCGGUUCAAAUUGAACUGUUCAAGUUUGCACUAAACAGUUCAAUUUGUACUGCUCUGCUACCGACGAGUCGAAGACGAAACGUAAAGAAUAGUGAAUCGGUUUAUGAUUUGCAAAAUUACGUGAAAUAAAACUGUUAUGAAUUCAGUCUCAAAUACUUCGCAAAAUACUCACCAUUUCUAUCUGCUCUUAUUACGAACGCGUCGGUCACAAAGUUGCCGGUCUGGAAAUGAAAACAACUUUUUUUUCAAUUUUGAAUUCCAAUUGAUGAAUAAAGCAAUAUUCUCCUCUUGAAGAACAAGGAGCUGGGGUUCAUUUAGAGUGUACCUAUUAUCACUUUCCGGACAAAAACUAGCGUGGAAUACGGCGGAGAAAAUAGCCAAGAAUAGAUCCAUUAGGUUCCUUGCUUGGGCGACAAUUCUAGGAGCUACUUUCGAAUAUCAGAUUUUUUCAAUGUUUCAAGCAACAAACUUUAUUUUAAUAUUUAUUCUCAAUUUUUCGGAAGAAUCUUUUCUUAUCCUAGGAAAAAUUGUUUAAAUUUACGUCGCCUAAGACCGACAUAUUACUUACUUACUAGUGCGUAGUCUACUCCGUAGUCGACGACCUCUCCCAGGUUCUGUGCUGAGCAUCAUGUAGGCCAUCAUCUCUUCCGCCAUUCUUGCUACAUGUCCAGCUCACUGUAGUCUGCCGUGUUUUAUAAGCCUUCCCAUGUCCGCAUGUGUGUAUACUUGGUACAGCUUGUGAUUCAUGCAUCUGCACCAUUCUCCAUUCUCUUCUUCACCACCGAGAAUUGAACGGAGGAUUUUUUUCUCAAAGAAACCGAGUACUCGAAUAUCUGAUUCCUUCAACGACCAUGCCUCAUGGCAGUAUAGGGCAACAGGUAGUAUAAACAACUUGUAAGGAGCAAGUUUUGUGCGUUUCAGCUGGUUACGAAGUUCGUAUAAAGCUCAUUAAUCGCAUGUUACUGGUGUUUCGUCAACAACCUCGUUUCGUACUUCAUCAACCUCCAUCUCGGAUCCUACGUCGUUUGGACUGCCCCGGUCUCUACCAUCCACCAUGUACUUUGUCUUGGUAGAGUUUAUCGUCAACCUUAUUCUCGCAGCUUCUUCGUGAAGGACACAAAAGCCCCUUUCACAGCUCUCCAAUCCACAACAAUGCACCGAAACCUCCAUUUAAGAACUAAAUGGGGGUUCGUAAAAAGAGGUAGUUUAUAAAAAAAAAGUUUACGUUAUUUGGAAUUUACUUCGUAAAAAAAGUUUUGUGUGAUUAAUGUGGAAACCGCGCAUCAUAUGGUUAUUUUCGGAACGGAUGUGAAGAGUAACUGCAAGAAAAUGAUGUUUGGACUCGUUUCAAAAUCCAAGAUGGCGGCUUCCGGUUUAUUGAGAUUGCCUAAAACCCCUAACAAUAUGGGUAUAUUCGGAAUGGAAUUGAUGAGUGGAUGUCGGAAAACGAUGUUUGAGGUAGUUUUGAAAUUCAAGAUGGCGACUUCCGGUUUGUUCCGGAUAUUACUUUAAAACCCUUACAAUAUGGAUAUUUUCGGAACGGGAUUGAUCAGUAAAUGUCAGAAAACAAUGUUUGAGGUAGUUUUGAAAUUCAAGACUUCCGGUUUAUUAGUAUCUUUUGAAAGUUUUUGCCAUUUUCUUUGAACUUGGUAUUCCUUAAAAAAACACUAUACCAGAAGUCACCUCAUUGAAUUUUGAAACAAGCUCGAACAUCGUUUAUUGGUAUCCAAUAUGUUUCGGAAAUUUCUUUGUUUUAAGGAUUUAUAAGACAUAUCGAUAAAUCGGAGGAUGUUAUAUUGGAAUUCGAGACGACACCAAACAUAGUUUUCCAGCAUCUGUUUAUUAAAUACUUUCCCAAAAUACCCAUAUUGUUAAGGUUUUCAAGAAAUAUCGAUAAACCGGAAGUCGACGUCUUGGAUUUCAGAACCACCUCAAACAUCAUUUUCCGGCAUCUAUUCAUCCAUUCCGUUCCGAAAAUACCCGUAUUGCAAGGGUUUUCAAGGAAUAUAAAUCAACCGUAAGUCGCCAUCUUGGAUCCAAGAACCACCUCAAAUAUCGUUUUCCGACAUCUACUCAUUAACCCCGUUCCGAAAAUACCAAUAUUGCAAGGGUUUUCGAGGAAUAUCAAUCAACCGGAAGUCGCCAUCUUGGAUUUCCAAAAUAUCUCAAACAUCAUUUUCCGGAAUCUACUCUUUAAACCCGUUCCAAAAAUACCCAUAUUGUAGUAUUUUCCAUGGAGUCGGAAAUCGCUUUCGAUGUAUGCCAAAACCUCUUUUUACGAAGUAGGUUCGUAGAAAAAGUUUACGUUAUUUGGGAUUUGGUUCGUAAAAAGAGUUACGUAAAAAUAAGUGUAAAAGUGUUCGUAAACGGAGGUUUGGGUGUAAUAUCAAUGUCGCACCCAAUAGCAAGAAGCAUGUGAGACUUAUUGAUGAUGAUACCGUUUCUCUGCACGUCAGAUCUUCGUAUUGUAUAUUGAACCACAAAUUAGAGAGCGCGUCGCCCGACUUUAAUCCAUCUAACGUCACGAAAGCAUCGGCUGUCGUACCGGCUUUGACGCUUGCUUUCGAGCCACCAAACGUCGCACAAAUUAUUCUAAUGCUGCCUUGAAAUCUACAAACAGAUGAUGAGUCCGCAAGUUGUACUCCCGAAAUUUAUCGAGAAUUCGUUGCAAGGUGAAAAUCUGGUCCGUCGUUGAACGUCGCUCUCAAAAACCGCAUUGGUAUUCGUCGACAAAGGAUUCUGCCAACGAACGCAGUCUACUGAACUGAACUCUGGAAUGUACUUUGUUGGCAAUAUUGAGAAGUGUUAUGCCUCAAUAGAUUUUACAAUAAUUACCAUCCAGUCAGUCCGAAGGUAUUUCCUUCCCUUCCCAGAUCAUUCCGAUUGCUUAGAGGAGUGCGAAGUACAGCCGCUCGCUGUGCUGUGUAAGCACUCUCUCGUUGUGCUCACGUUCUUACUUCGGUGCAUUUUUUUCUCAACUGCUCUCAACACUCCACAUCGUUCUCUGUAUUGAUGGGUCGCUGCGGUAAACAUUCGGCGCCGGGUCUGAUUUUUAUCAUCACCCAUUCUGUUGGUUUCCCCAUGUGCAGUACCUAAUACUUCUGUUUGUUGUAUUGAUCACGCCGUGUUCAAGCUAUCGUCGUUAUAUCGUUGUCACACCAUUAUUGACAAUCCAAUCAGCUGUUUCAAAAAUUCAUCCGGUUGUAUCUUCAAUAUUAUACACAAAAGUAACAGGAGCGCAGGAUUGUUUGGCUGGUCUGACGAUCUCUACCAAAGCGUUGCGUCUGCUGAGCGCUCGAGCCAAACCAAAUCCUGCGCUCUAGUUACUUCUAUAAAUCCAAUUCAUGCUAAAUAAUGUUUAAUUGAGUUUAAUCGAAAUAGUGCACAAUCAAUUAAAUAUAAAACGAAGUCUUGUAGCCAAUAUUUAGCAUUAAAUAUUUUUUCAUUUAAUUAUCAUUGCGUAGUUUUAGAGUAGUAGUAGUAGUAGUAGUAGAGUUUCAAAAAUGACAUCAAUUUGAUUACGGGUCAAACUGGUCAAUUCCAUACCUUUAUCUAGUAUUCUUUUUAUUGCAAAGAUACUAUUUUCGCCCACUGCUAAUAUGGUUUCAUAACAAUAUUGACAAUACUUGUAGGGCAACGGAGCCCCCAUCCAUCGUAGCUUCAGUAGUAAUCUCAUAGAGUGCGAUCUGCCGUCUCUGCUCGAUAGAUUGACUUCAAGAGUAAGAUGAAAUUAGGUACAUCCGCUUCAAGUUUUCGCGUCACUCUAAUAGCAAUAUUGCACAAUUUUCGAACUUUUUUUUUCUUUUUUCUUUAACAAAUCACAACCGUCACAAAACUCAACUUCGGUUGUGUUAUUGCUGGUACUCAAAACGUACACGAUCAGCUUAGAACAGAUUCUGGAUAAUGCUCAUCAAGCAAUUUCUUUGCUUGCACAGUAUUUUUUCUUCAGACCAUUUUCAUUUAUCAACAUACGAAUUUUUUCUUUCUACAUUGUAUUUAAUUUUGCAAAAAUAGCAUAACAGAAAGCAAAAUCACUAACACACUAAUGAACAGAUUGUCAUGAAAUAUUUUUGAUUAGUGACGCCAUCUGUCUGUCAGACCGGUGACUUAUAGACCGACAUUACACAUAAUUAAACGAAAUCGGUUGUUUAUUUUAGAAUAAUGGGCUACCAGGAUGACGGAAUCGAGAGAAAACUAAAAGCCGGAGAUCACCAGAAAGGAGUAAAUUUAUUUAUUUAUUUAUUUCGUCAAGCAAAUGUAGACUACAUAUAAAUUGUUUACAAUGUUCACUUACAUACUACGCAUUAUUUCUACGACAAAGCUGAGAUUUGAUUUGAUUUUUUGACAUAGUAAGGUCAAGAUAUUCGCAGUAUUGAUUGUAAUGGCGCAUUAUUCGAUUGACUGGACUGUAUUUUGCAUAAUUUGUUCUAGUGUUUCUUUCUAAAAAUAAUUUCCUGGUUCGUAAUUGACGGCUAGGUGUAUAAAAAUUUAGUUGCGAUAAUAAAGAAGGUGAUUGAAUGCGUUGAGAAAUAAUGUCGCUGAUAAAAUAAAGCAUUGCAAGGUCGCGGCGUUCUUUAAGUGUUUGUAUAUUGAUGAGCAUGCAGCGUGCUUCAUAUGAUGGUAGAGGAAAUGCUGUCCGGUUUAAUUUACGAAGUGCAUAUAAAAGAAAUUGUUUUUGAAUAGAUUCGAUGCGUUCUUCGUGAAUAAUAUUAUAUGGAUUCCAUACUAGGCUGCAAUAUUCCAAAAUAGGUCUGACAUAUGUAGUGUAUAAUAAUUUUAUUGUGUAUGGGUCCUGAAAGUUAUGACUGAAGCGUUUAAUAAAGCCCACCAUGCUAUUUGCUUUAUUGAUUAUGGUAUUGUAGUGUUCCACAAAAGUGAGCUUGGAGUCUAAGAUUACGCCUAAAUCUCUUACAAUUUUACAUUUUUCUACAAGUUGAUUUCCUAGAUGUAUGUUUGUGGGUAUAGUUUCAUUUUUCCUACUGAAAGUUAUUGAGUUACAUUUUUUUACAUUAAGUUGGAGUAGACUUUUGCAGCACCAAAUGUAGAAUAGAUUGAUUUCGUUCUUGAAUAUUACAGCGUCGUUGAUAUUUUUUAUUUCCAUGAAGAGUUUCAUGUCGUCUGCAUAUAUAAGCACUUUCAAAUUUUUGAGUAUGAAGGAAAUGUCGUUUAUAUGUAAAAUGAAAAGGAGAGGCCCUAAGUGAGAACCCUGAGGUACGCCAGAUGUUACAUUAAUUGGUUCAGACAGAAUGUUUUGGAAGCGGACUACCUGUACACGAUUCGUUAAGUAUGAUUUGAGCCAUUCAAGAAGAGUAUGUUUUAUGCCAUAUUUUUGUAGUUUGUGUAGAAGUAAAGGUAUGUCAAUACGGUCGAAGGCUUUGCUAAAGUCAGUGUAAAGAGUUUCUACGUAGUUGCCGGCGUCCAUUGCAUUCAGUGUGAAUGUCAUAAAUUCUAAGAGAUUUGUUGUAGUUGAGCGGCCUUUAAAAAAGCCAUGUUGUUUGUUUGUUAUUACAUUUUUAAGUUGAUGAAAAAGUUUUUCGUUUACAAUUUUUUCAAAUAAUUUUGGAAUGCAUGAGAUAAUGGCUAUUCCACGGUAGUUCCGAAUGUUAGAUUUUGCACCAGAUUUAAAUAUUGGUACAAGAAAGGAAGAUUUCCAUGCUUUGGGAAAAGUACAUUUAUUAAGCGAUAAGUUAAAAAGUAGUUGUAGUGGUAGUGUAAGUUCUUCAGCAAGAUUUUUUAAAAAUAUUGGUGGUAUACUGUCAGGUCCAGGCCCUUUUGAGGCGUCUAAGUUUUUCAGUGCUGUCGAAAUGUCAUGUUCUGAUAGAUAGUUUACAGAGAUGGAGCUAGAAAAUGCAGGUAUGAAAGAGAAGUAUUCACGGUCACGGUCAGUUUCUGAAUAAGAUGUAUAUACUUCUUGGAAAAAAUUUGCAAAUUGAUUGCAGAUUUCUGUACUAUUUUUCCCUACAUGUUCGUCGAGGUGCAUUUGAGAUGGAAAAUUGUUGCUUUUUAGUUUAGUUUUUGUGUAGUUAAAAAAGUUCUUAGGGCAAGUCUUUAUUUCGUUUUCAAUUUUGUGGUUGUAUUCUUCGUGUGCUGUGUUAAUGGCUAUUUUGAGUUGAUUGCAUAGAUUUAAGUAAUUUUGAAGAUGAGCGUCACUUUUUUCUUGUUUGUAAGUUUUGUGUGCUUUUUGUUUCCUAUUUUUCAAAUGUUUUAGUUGUGAAUUGAACCAUACAGGUAACUUGCUGUUAUGAUUUUUUCUUCUUCUUUUCAUGGGCAAAGUUUCGGAUAAUAUUUUGUUUAUAAUGUGAUAAAAUUUGUUUACUUCGACGUCGACAUUUCCUUCUGUACUCAGUAUGUUCCGCCAAUUUAUUAUACUUAGUCUACACUUGACUUCUUCAAAGUCAAUUUUAUUGUAUUCCGGCACUUCCUCAUAUUCCAAGUCGUAGGGAAGGGAUGCAUUGUGUGUAAAUAAUGAAUAUUCAAUUGCGGUGUGAAAUGCUUCAUUUUUCCAUAAUGGCAGGUUUGAUGCAUUCACACAAAAGUCUUCUGUGCAAUUUGUGAAAAGAAGGUCUAAAUAUGCAUUUUGUUGAUUUUUUACGGAGUUUACUUGAUGUAGGCCAAAAUUAGAAAUUUUGUCGAAAAAGUAGUGCAAUGUUUCGUUUUCUCCAACGACUGGGAGUAAGAUUGAUUCAUUUUCAAUGUCAGAAAUGAAGUCCGCAUUACGUUGAUUGAAGUCGCCAAAAAUAUGUAGCUUUACUUCGGGUUCCAUAUUCGAAAUAAUUGUGUCUAAAGAUUGAAAGAAUAAUUCAAAAGAGAAUUUGUUCGCAUUUUCGGGUGGGAAGUAGACAGAGCAGUAAAUAUGUUCUUCUCCCAAUAUUGAGACUUUGGCCCAUACAUGCUCAAAUUCUUUAUAUUUAGGAGUAAUAAUUUCUUCAGAAGUAAAGCAAGAGUUUAUGGCUAUGAGGACUCCACCUCCAGAUUUUUUCUGACAGAGAGAUAAAUUACGGUCGUGCCGGAAUACGUUAAAAUUAUUUCCAAAUACUUCUUCGCUUCUAACACUUUCAUCCCAGCUGCUUUCAGUUCCAAGGAUUACGUCGAAAGAGGAGGUUAUUAAAUUUUGAUGAAUUUCUUUCAUUUUGGCCGGGCUUUUCAUGCGGUUGAUAUUUUGGCAAUAGACCAAAAUUUCAGUCACAUUUUGUCUAUGAAGCGAAGAAGUUUUUGAGAAUUCUGAAAUACUUACAUUACUAAUUCCUGUUUCUAUUCCUUCGUCAGAGGGCGUCGUUAUUUCCGAAAAUUCGGCCUUGUAAAAUUGUGUUCGGCUUCCCGGAUUAGUUGGAGUCGGCGGAUGUGUUCACUUGUCAAAAAUUUCCCAUAAGAGUCCAGAUCGGCCUGCGCUUCCUUAGGUUUCAUUCCAUAUUCCUGAUGCACUUCGAUGAAGAUUCGUAGAAGGUGGUCAGGUGUUGUUGGAAGGCCUUCUGAUGCUAAUAGCAUUUUUAUACUAGUUGGUGUCAUACCCUCGAUGCAUACUGUAGGUUGUUGAUUUUUCAUGUAUGACAAAUACAGACGGACGACGUGCAUUAUUUUCGGGUCACGAAGUCUUGCUUUCAAGAAGCGUUCGUCGCCAUUUGCAGAUUGUGAAGUAAGACGUACAAUUGGAGUACGCAUUGGAUCAAUUUCGAAUUGGCUGUCUGUACUCAUGUCAUGUGAUACUGUAGAUGUAUUUACGUUCUGUGGUAUUGAAGAUGUGUUCACAUAGUUAGUGGAUGGUGCAGCUUCGAUGUCAUUACUUCCUAAGACCGAAGUAGUGUUGUUUUGAAUACUUCUUGUUCCUUUGUAAGGGUUGAUGGUUUCACCUUUUUGAAAAUUUAUGAAUUUUGAGGCAAUAUCUGCACCUGGAUUCCCGGAGAAUUGAACCCGUGCAGCUGCUAGUAGGUCUUUGUCCAAGGGUAAGGUAUAUUGUAAUGACAUAUUAUUGUUAUUGUUGUGGCAGGUAUUGUUACUAUUAGUGUUCAAGUUGCUGUUGUAGUGCACAUUAUUGUCGUUGUUGUUGUUGUUGCUGCUGCUGUUGUUGUUGCUGUUGUUGUUGUUGUUGUUGUUGUCGUGUUUGCUGUUGUUGGUGUAGUUGUUGUUUUUACUGCGUAUACUGUAAUUUGUAUUAUUUUGUUGUUUCCGCUUCCGAUGUUUUCGUCUGAGGUUUGCUUUUUCAGCUUGUUUUUCUUGCAGCCGUCGAGUGCGCUGUUUCUUGUCAUACUCACUCCAGUCUCGUUUCCAGAUUUUUUUACUUCCAAUUAAGCGCCAGCCACUGUCGCAUGUUUGAAUUUCCUUCUCUUUGAGUUCUUCAGCUAGAGACUUAGGUUUGGUAUUUUGGUCUUUGGUUCCGAUACUGGAGAUUGAAGUCGAUAUUGCUUUGACUUCAUCUCUCAAUUCUUCCAGAAUAGUGUUAGGUAUUAUUGCAGGGACUUCAGAUUUCGUAGGUAGUAAGAAUUUUUCUUCGAGGCGAAGAAGCCGUUCGCUCAUUUCCUUGAUGUGCUGGUCAUUGACUUUACUAAAAUCGCUAACGUUUUUUAUGGCACUGUGUAACGAGGCCUCGAAUGACUGCAUGCGCUGACCUACUUUACCGCAAAUGUUGUGGUCGUUUCUGCUGAUACUGGACAAUGACUGCUUCACGUCGAUGAGCAAGCGCUCGACACUGUCGAAUAUUUCCAGGUAAUGGGUUUUCAUGUCUGCAGUGGUCCGGUGAUACGUUUCCGUUUGAUUUUUUGUGUGCUUUAGAAGUUGCUCCUGUAGAUGAAGUAGUUUUAGAGUUUCAGCUCCUGUCCUUAUUAAAUGUUGACAGUCGGCACACACUGGUACCAUAAAUGCCAGAAUAAAAUUUUCUUGAUGCCGCUGCACGCCGAUGCAGGCUGAAUGGUACGAUUUUUCACAGAAUUCGCAUUUCCAAAGGAAGCGAUCGUCAAUAUUAACACACGAUUUUACACCGCACUUCAUUAUUCUAGAUAAAAUUUGUCCGAAAGGCUAUGAAAAAAGCCCGCGCGCGACGUAGACUACGCGUCAAAGAAUAAAUAAAUAUAAAUUACUUGCGGAGCGCUCGAAAAAGCGAACCGCGCCCGAUGACUGUUCGAGGCGAAAAAAAAGAACUGGUCAACUGUUUUUUUUGCUAAUCGUUACCGCGAGUGUAUCUGAGAUUACCGUGCGAAACCUAAUGAUACUCACCAGGGCCGGUGAAACGUGUUAUGCUCUGGUGGGUAAUUUUUCGUACUGGGGGGAACGAUAUUAUUGAAAUAAUAUUUAUCCCUUAAAAGUGUAAGGUCGAUUUUUAAUAACGACAUAACUUUACGCGUAAAUCGCGUAAAUUAGAAGUUUGAAGCGUUUUCCGUACUUUGUUUUGAAAAAUAUGGCGUUGUUCGAACUGUUGACAGCUAGUUUCAAAAUCACUGCCAAUAUUCCGCAAAAACUUAUUUGUGUCUGCGAAUUUUCUAAAAUUAUUCUUUGAGAAUUUUCUAUCAAAAUGUGUCUCGCGAUAAUCGAACAGCGCACAAAACAAAUCUUCAAACAACCGCUGAUAUCUAUAACACAUUGUUCAAAACUGACUUCCGGGACUGAGCCAGAGAUGACGUUUAUAAUGUCAAACUAACCUCAUUUUUCGAAAGUACCAACCUUCAGAUGACAUAUGUCAAAUUUUCUCGUCAAUCGCACCUACCGACAUAUGAGGGACGUUACAUAUUCAUUUUUUUUAAAUAAAAUGGUAAUAACGAAUGCUGUGUGUUGAUAAAACAUUGCUUUUUAAAAGGAGAAAACCGUGCCAGCCCAGAAAUGGUUUGUGAAAUGUUACCCGGAUCCACUGAAAAUAAAGAUUUGUGGUAUUCUGAUUUCAAACGUGGCGAAAUAAAUCAUUCAUCCGGAAAAAAUAAGCAAGUUUUGAAAAUCGUGAUAAAUGAACGCAAAAUCAAAGUUUGUAAGAUUAGAUGUGCUGAGAUCUGGGCAUGACAAUGGUCUUUUCCAAAUUGGUGCCUCGUUCGCUCACAAUCGAAUAAAAGCAACAAGGCAUCGAGGAUCCAGAGAGCUGAUCGGCACUGUUUAGUCGUGAUGAAAAAGAAUUUCGUGAGUUGGUAUUAAACAGUGGACGAAACAUAGAUCCAUCAUUUUAUGGAGUCAUAUCAGCAUUCAGACAAUCAUGAUGUCAGUUUUUAGAUACUCGAGGUAUAAUUAACAUCGACUAUCUGGAAAAGGAAAGUACCAUCAAAAAAUUUUGAAACCAUGGGCAAAUCAUUCUAUAAGUAUAACAUCGAAAAGUACAAGAACGAAAUGCAUUUUGCUCAAAAAAAUCAUGUUUAUCAGGAUUUUUUGAUCGAUACGUUAACAACCUUCUCUACGGCAGUAUCGAACCGCACAGAGUGUAAAAUGUUUCGAUACAGAAUCUGAAAAUGCAAAUUGAAUUGAAAUUUUAUUCACCAAUUACCUAAAAUAUAUAAAUUUAUCUACUCGAAUUGACGCGUAAAAACAUUUUCAAGUAAAAUAUAUUGAAAAUCAGUUAGGUAAUGGUUGAUAUGUAGAUAAUAAAAAACCUGACCACUGUUUGUACGGUUUUAUUUCCUGUAUUUUGAAUUUGCACUCCGGUAUCUAAAACAAAGGCGUAGACCUACGCCAAAAGAUGUUGAGUGAUUUUAUUUAUGCGAAGAUAUAGAACGGAAAGGUGAGACGUUACAAGGUUCAUUUCAGCAAGCAGAAAUGUUUAAGUAACUUAACUUUCACAUUCUACCAGAGGAGAUGAACUUAUAGCUAUACAGAGAUUGAUAAAAAAAAAUAUCCAUACAGUGAAAAACUCAUUGUGUAUGAGAAUGCUGUCGCAAACAGAAAGUGACAACUUCCGGUAACUGCCGGUCCGGUUAGUAAAUGAUUAAAAAGGUACUUUCCGGCAUACCAGAGACUCGAGUGAUUUGCAUUGAUGAGAUGCUAAAGCUAAAAUCCUCUAGCUGAACGUUUCUAUAAGAUUUCCGGUUGCUCAAACGGUUCUUGUCACGUCUCACCUUUCUAUUGAACAUCUUUACAUCCUUGCUCUACCUUGAGUACAAGCAUUCGAUAAUUUUGAUUUUAUUUAUUACUAGUUACAAUAAAAAUAUGCUUGACUUUAUAAACAAUAAUAAUAUUACCAUUGUUUUUCGCUCGAAAUUUCAGGGGGGUAAUUACCCACCUUGAAAAUUUUCGGGUGGGAGUACUACCCACCGUACCCACCUCUUUCACCGGCCCUGAUACUCACAAGCAUGGAUGGCAUUUAUCGUAUCAAAGAACGCUCACCAGCAACUCUUCACACGAUGGACUCAAUGCCAUCAAAGAGAGACGGAUAUCAUCACAACAACAAAAACCCGGCAUGGCUCAUUUUACAUAGAAUUGCCACCAGUGCGAGAGCGAAUUUCUCUCGAUGACAUUUCUGAGUAUCAAAGGUUAGCACGCUGCUGUGAGGAUAAUCUCUGAAGCAACAAACGGUCGCUUCUUAUACAUUUGCAUUACGAACAGUUGAUCCUUCUUCCUGUUAAAUAAUCUAACUUGUAAGCAGUGUUGGUGAUAGCCGAAAAUUUGACAGAAGCUGCUAUAUUGCUAUCUAUAUUGUAUACAACAUUUUCAAUCCGCUAGAAGAUGCUACAAGAACUCGAGUCGCUCAAUGCAUGAACCGUGAGAGAAUUUUGCUACAUUUCUUUACUCCACUUCAUCCUCUGAGUAUUUCACACCCUUAAAAAAAUAUACAGUCUGAUAAUGAUCAUUGCUGUGUGGAAUUUCCCAAGAGAGAAUAGCAAGUUGCAAUAUUUCAAAACUCUUGUGUGGAGCAUUCACAGACAUUUUCAUAGACACAACUUAUACAAAGGUUAUAUGCACAUAGUUAGAAUAAGUGGCAAUAGUAGAAUGAUUCUAUCGCAAUUAUCAACUGCCUGCAUAGAAUCGGAUCGCGAAACGAGAAAAAGCGACCGUUUGUUGUUUCAGAGAGGAUCCCCACAGCAGCGUGCUAACCGUUGAUUCUCAGAAAUGUCAUCGAGAGAAAUUCGUUCUCGCACUGGUGUCUGUUCUAUGUUAAAUGAGCCAUGCCGAGUUUUUGUUGUUGCGAUGAUAUCCGUCUCUCUUUGAUGGCACUGAUACAAUCGUGUGAAGAGUUGCCAGUGAGCGUUCUUUGAAACGAUAAAAGCCAUCCUUGACGGUAGCUAUAAUUUCGUUUAUAUUUAUAGAUUCGCGGGCUUCCAACUGCUCAGCUUGCAUCGAUUGAUCGAUUGACCAAUCAAAGCGAUGCUUUCCGAUUGAUAUAUUCGCUCACUCCUUCCAAACCGUCGUCUACGCUAAGGAAAUCCGGUAUGCCGGAGAUUUUUAGCAGACAAAAAAGGACACUAUUAGCUUUGAUUCAACAUUUCAAUGAUAUAUAAUUGAAAAUGCAUGGCUACGUACAUUCAAAUCAAUACGUAGAAAUAUUUCCAAUCAAUUGGUGAAAUAAUAUUACUGAUUGAAACUAAACUGACUAAGAUGUAAGUGUUCAAAAGCUGACCACACUUCUAUUUGUAUUUACCCUUGAAUUUCUAAUUUGCACCCCUAUAUAGAAAACAAAGAUGUGUUCCACAUCAAAAUUACAUUUAUCACUUAGUAUCUUUCAGUAUUCGCAGGUUCUCAAAAUUGGAGUAGAUUAGAUUUAUAGUUGACUUGGUUAUAACUGAAUAAUAUAUUACCAUUUCUCAUGAAUUUUUGUAAGAAUUAUAGACACUUUUGGACCACGCAUGAUGAGAAAUUGACGUUCCAAUCCUGACCAAUUUUUCAUUGCAUCAGGUUAUUUGAAUAUUCGAAGCCUCACAGUGGCAUCCAUCGCUACAUUCAACUAAACCGUCACUUUUUCCAUAACUUAGGAUAUCCUUGUGAUCUUGAAUAAAACCAAAUCUAAAUGUUAUGACCUUCUUCGCAACGCAAUUACUUCAUUGGAAUUAUUUAACGAGUAAUAAGUGUAUGUAUUAUACUAAUAAAAAGUCGAAAACUUCAAGUGUUGUGAACAUCAAGAAAAAAAUGUUACAAUCUUUUGUACUAAUGCGAAACGGAAAUCAUGGCAACAAAGCGUGAGCAACCGGCCGGCAAAAGAUCGCAAAAUUCCUUUAGCAUGUUACUAGUACUAGAAGUGUUAUUCCCCGUGAUGAUAAGAAUAUGAUAGCAUCAGGAACCAGAAUUUCAAGUAGACGAUAAAUUAUAUUUAAACAAAAAGUUGUAACAAAUUUCAAAUACACGUAAACAAAUUCCAAUUUGAAAUGUGAAAGAGUAAUGUGAGAUCCUAGUUCAUAGAGUAAAAUCGAAGAAAUACCGUAGUCGUUUCGAUUGUCCCCGACAACCAGUCCGAGAUGGAAUCGAACGAUAGAUGAUAGAUAAAUUAGGAAGCUAAUCGCAACGAACUGGACGUGAGCUCACAGCGGUGCUUGUAUAUGGUAAUACUAGUCAAAAAACAAAAGAAAAAAGAAGAAAAGAAAAACCGGAACAAACUUGUAUGUUCCAAAAGCCAACCUACAAAUAGACAAAUUGUUUAAUUUACUCUGGAUAGAUCCGUGGAAGCUAAAACGCCGUAUACCAACAAAAAUAAAACAAUUCGGCAAUGGAAAUUUAGGUUUCCUAAUCACAUUCCCACCCACAACACAAACAAACGAGAAUCACACAAACACAACCGAUGAACAUCAAAGCAAAUCUUGUAAUGUUCAACCGUUGACGGAACAACGGUGAACAACCAAACAGACCACCAUCGAAUCACUUACCUAUUGUAGUGUAGCAAACCGCUAGACCGCCACCCCCUAACAAGACAUACGAGGAUACAAAGAAGGAUACAAUAAUUACUAAAUAAAUGUCAUAAUCAAGAGCGAAAAAAUAAUACAAAUAGAUUCAUAUUUCCUCGUUUACGACGAUGAAUAGUUUCAUUGCCACCUGGCACACAUACACGUGUAUCAGCGCGAGACGAGUUAGGAGGAAGAAAAUACUAUGUGAAACAUGAUACCCACCAAGUAGGAAAAGCUGAGGGAAAACAAGAAUAAUAAAACAAGAAGAAAGCGAAACCAGUGAAUGUGUUUUGACCUAGAAACACGGAAACAAGUAUGUGGAAACUAGACACAAACUGUGAACGGAAUGGUCUACAGGUAGAAGCAGAAAUAAAUUGUUGAGACUACAAUACAACUUUUGUCGUGAGUUAUGUAGAUUGUGGAUAUGUUAUACCGUAUACAGUAGAGAUGGUCAGAAGCCAAUCAAUCAACCAAACAAUCAAUCAAUCAACCAACCAGCCGUUCAGUCUGUAAUUAUCGACUAUGUUGGGCGCGAUGUAUAUGACUUUUAUAAAGUUUGAUUGUACGAGGCGAAGAUAUAUUUUUUAUCAAAAUCGAGUUAGAACACGGUGACAGGUAUAAAUAAUAAGGUUGAUCGUAAUCAGAUGUGAGCAAACACACGAAAGUACAUAUGUUCAUUGCAGCAAAUUGGCGAAUGGCUUUAAACUAUAGAUACCUAGCGAGGUGGCAGGCGGUGAUAGUUGGGAUGGGGAAAUUGCUUGAAUAUGUCGCUCUGGUCGAAGUGCCACGGGCCGUGCCGUUCUGAUAAAUGUAACAUCAAUGGUUUCCUUCAGAAAUGUAGGGGUAGGUGAUAGUAGAAUGUUGGUCCACAAGGAAGUCAUCGAAGACUUUUGACGUUGUCAUUGUACAUUUUUCUGGAAGUUUUUCAAUUUCGUCGUGAACACAACUUACUCUACUAUGGGGCGCCUUUUCAAAAUGUACCCUCUGAAAGGUUUUGAUCCUGAAUAUCUCUUGUUGUAUCUAACGAAUCAACAUAAUUUUUGUUACAUGCCAUCGGAAUUAUGAUCACAAUUUUAUGAUAAAAUUUUCAGUUGUAAACUAUUCUGAAAUGGUUGGUACAAGCGAGUAUCAAAGAGGAUAAUUCAUAAGGCGCGUUUGCUUUCUCGUAUUUUGAAAGCUCAUAGCUCAGUGAUCUGUGAAAGGAUUUAUAUAAUCUAACUAUCAAUAGAAUCGAAAUUUUUCAACUUAAACGUGUAUAGCAACAGCAUUAAAGUAUUUCAAUAGUACACUAUUGAAAAACCUGUCUCAUUAGAACCCCAGCCAAUCAAAACGCGUUCUGAGGAAGAGAACAAAAUAUAUGCUACUGUACAACAAAUCGUUCGAGAAAAAUGUUCCGAACAGUGCCAUAUGUCGUAGUGAGCUCCACAGUUUGGUCCUUCUGAAAGGCAAGAAUGAAUCCCGUACAGCAUCCGGAUAGUUUCUUUCAAUGAAAUGCAAAUCCGAAAUGAAAUAAUCGACAUUAAAAUUCUAUAUGCUGCUAUUUUUAUAGCCGUGAAACCUCUUAACAGAAAUUGGAUCAGUUUGGAUUCUAUCGCCACUGCAAGCAGAUGUAUUUUGUGUCGUUUGCAAAGCGAGUUUCGCUUCCGACAAGAGCGAUUACGUCACAACUGCUAGUCGUUUGCAUUGGUGAAAAGAAACAACGAAAAGGGGACAACGGUGGAGAGCAUCACACAAAAUCAGCCGUUCUGAUGGCUCUAAAAGUUUUCUAAAGAACUAUUAGGAUUUCUCCUUCGCAAAUCGAUGGUAAAUAUCAUCAGUUUAGUGCAAAUCUAGAACAGUUUGGUUAGAUUUGUGCACUUUUCGCUGUGUGAAAUUCACAGUAGUCGAGAUCAAGUGAAGCCUUCUUUGUUUUUGCAAAAAAUGUAAAAAUGUAAAGGGAAAUUCUUGCAUAAUUCAUACAAUUGAUCAACUAAUUGAUAUUCGGAAGUGUUAAGGAACAUGUCAGUUGUUUUCGUAUUCACGACAUCCAGUUAUGUCUCUGACAUUACCCACCCGCCUUUUUGACUCCACCUUGCUGUUUGAAAAAUGUUUGAGGGUUAAUCCGAUUGAUGAUAUUAUUAUUCGAAACUAAAACAAAAAAGGCGUGGUCGUGUUUAAGACAUGACCGACCACAGUGACAUUAAAAAUGCAGUUUAUUUUCAAUUUAUUGGACAUGUAUACUCAUUAAGUUAUGUCAAUGUUUCAGAUUCAAGGUUCAUUCGAACAGGAACUACAUUUACAAUAAACUAACCAUUGUUUUUAAUACAGUGUGAAGCUUUAUUCCCUUACUUACUAUGAAGACUUUGAAAUUCUAUUUAACAUAAGCAGAUGAAACCAAAUGUAUAAUAUUUGAAAUGAAACAAAAUAACUCAACCCUACACAACCAGAAAAUAAACCGUUUAUAUUUACGUCUUCUGAGACCGACAUAAUCGAGCAUCGAAAAUGUAUCAAUUUUACAGUUAUUCGAAUUUGAAGUGCUGAAACAUUUAAGUUUACUCAUAUGUUUGGUAGAUAGAGUAUGUUUGACACAUAAUUCACGCGUUUUUUUAUAAUGGCCAAUAAGGCACCUGUCAACUUCCACUUUCGAAAGAAAUUGCAGGCGAGCUAUGAAAAAUACAGUAUUAAAUUCAACACCAGACGAAAGAAAAUUUUUUUUUCUGCCGUUUACUAUUGUGACUUACUCUUAGCGAGUGCCGAGUCAUUCGAAAUUACUCUUCAAAGUGAAUGUUGAUGGAUAGCUUAUUGGUCGUUAUAAAAAAACGCGUGAAUUGAUCUUGUAAAUGUUAGCCAUUUUACAAUAGACCGUUCUUAUGAAUUGGGUCAUAUAAGGAUUUGCGUCACCUGUAGAUUUUUUAUUGUCACACGCAAAAGCCAGCGAUCACAAAACAACUGAAAUGCUAGUUGUUUUUCUGAAUUCGAUGGGUUGAAAUUUGGUACAACUAAUCCAUUGUUGUUGUAGCUAUAUGUCAUUUUUGAUGCAUCGUGCUGGCAGUAUAGCAAUGACACCCAGCUAAAGACACGCACCACAACCAAGUAAUGAAACGUUACAGUUGAGCAAUGACAUACACUCUAAGCGGAAAAGGAAUCGUUUCAAUGAAACGUCACUGAGCAAUGACACAAUACCAGAAAAGUUACCUACAGGCAUGGCAGUUGUUUCAACUAAUUAUCCAGUUAUUUGAACCUAAGACGCAUACUGCAAUAAAUAUUUUUUACUGCUAGUCUCUUCAAAGGGCAGCUAAUCGUUCACCGCUUGAACAACGAAAUUUUGCCUAAAUAGCUGCUUAUAGCUUUAUCACUAAACUCACAGAUGAUAUAGAAAUGCCACAAAAGAUUAUAAUUCCCAAAAGAGAAUUCAUUCAAGCAUUGAAAAAAAUUUCCUACACUUGCAGAAUGGCUCGCUGGAACAGCUUUUUUGAUUCUGUUUUCAAAAAUGUUACUGAUGAGCCUAAUGGUACAGAUGCACAUUCAAUCAAAUACGUAUAGUACCACUUCAUUUUAGCAGCAAAUUUUUUAGCAUUAAGCGUUUUUAAUGACAUUGGCAUGAACUGUUCGAAAAUACAUUACUUGCAGAUGAAAUUAAAACAUUUAUACUGUAAGAGCAAAUUCAGCAGCUAGAAGUUCUAUAUGGAAGAUCUAAAAUAGAACAGAAACUGGAACAAACGUAUCCCCAGCAAGCCGUUCUAGUUUUAUUUAUUCGAUCAGUUCUUCUGCCAAAUUUCAAACUGGUGCAGUUUUUUACUCUUGUUUCAAAUAUACAAAAAAUAGAACGGCCAAAUUUAAAACCCAGCAGUGUUUUACUCUUGUUUCAAAUAUACAAAAAAUAGAACGGCAUCAUAGACCAGUUUUAAAUUUGACAGAAGAACUGGUCGAAUAAAUAAAACUAGAACGACUUGCUGGGUAUUCGUUUGUUCCAGUUUAUGUUCUAUUAUAGAUCUUCCAUUUAGAACUACUAGCUGCUGAAUUUGCUCUAAGAAUAUCUAUCCAGUACAUGGAAAACUCGAAAAUGAAAAUUCGGGCUGACGAUUUAACACAGAGGGCGCUGGCCAGUCGACGUCUGAUCGAGCCUCGACCUGAAUAGUGGGAUCGUGGCAUGCAAUAGUUCUGUACGCUAAGAUUAGCUGUGAAAUCUGCGGAAGAUCCAAUUUCAGUUGAAACUUUACUGUUUUAAUCCUGAUAACUGCUAUUGAAUUAUAUCCUGAACCGACAUCGCAGUUACAGAGCUAUCAGGAUAAAAAUUCUAUAGACAGGUUCUAAAACGUAGAGCGGCAAUAACAAACCAAAUCAGUUAUUCAAACAAUUUCCUUAUUUCGAAAAAUCUGCUACUGCACUUCGCAAUGCGAGAAAAAUUAAAAUAUCUCAUCAACUGAGAUCAAUACACUGUAACAAAUUACUCGUGAGUCAUUAAUAUAGUACUAAUAAGGUCUCCACCAAAAGAUGAGACAAUAUUCACCAUAUUCAAGGAAACAAUUAUAGCAGAAGACGUGAAGAAAAGCAAAUUUUUUUUUGUUCGGAUCAUGAACCGAUAGUAAAUUGUUCUCAAGCAGGGCAAUCAAGUUCUCCCGUCGAUCGUUUUCCUUCAUACCCAAUCACUACCCUUCAGGCCUACAGCUCAUGCAAAACAAACAGUAGUGCAACAAUUACCCACGGUAACCAGAUAAUAUUUAUGCUACCGGAAUCAAGAAAAAAAACUAGAAAUACAGAAAAAUUGCAAUCUUAUACUUUUCUCUAUUUAGUCGGAAUAAUUCGACCAAAAGUCUCAGAGUCACAGAUCCAAAUAUUUACUCUAUAGAUUUUCCUAGGCGUUGCAAACUGAUAUAGUGUAGAUAAACAACUUUCCUUGUCCGCGUGAAACACGCCACUAGAGUCCUGUCUCCGGUGGUGAAUCGUGACAAAAGAAACCUACUAGAAACUUCUGUUCUUCUCCCUAAGCUACUGACCCGCUAAAGACCGGAAUAAGACAGUGAACAAAAUUAGAAACAAAAGAAAACAAUAAAUAGAGUGUAGUUUAAAUUUCCUUUUCUUCGAAUUCUAGAAAUCAAAUAGCGUAAGAAACCGAAACCCCGACUAUAUAGACCACCCGUAGUUUACAGAUAGUAGAACAACUUGUGCAGAAAGUUAGGAAGCUAAAACUAGAACCAGUUUAAACAGUAAACUUUGAUCUGCGGUUCAGAAAAAAACCUCGCUGUUUAUGCGAAUAAGUAUUAGGCAUAUUUUUGUAUAAUCGAGUUGCCAAUUUUUUAUAUAUUCGAAUGUAUUUGCGAGGCAGGAAAACAGUAUCAGCAAUGAUUCACGCAACAGUGUAAUAAUGGCAAAAGUUGAAAAUCGUAGAAGCAAAAAAAAAAAAGAAGAAACACAUAUAUUGUAUCCGAUGGACUUGAAUGUUGUGGGUGUAAAAUUCCAGUACUCAAAAAAUGAUAUAAGAAGAGAAAAUGAGUUGAUCUUUAUCCGACUUCUUGGGGGAAUCCCAUAUUGAAAUAAAAUACAAACCAAAAUCUUAUGUAACGAGGAGAGAGAGAAAAAGAGAAUUUGUCGAUGUGAGUUACGUUACAAAAGCAGACUAAUAAUUAAAUCCAGUAGUAAACUCGAUUGUUACUGUACAAUGUGCUAAAAUGUAUUGAAUAAUUUUUUUUUUUUCGAAAACAAGAUAGGCAUAGCGAACCAAAUAAGAAAAUAAGAAUAGUGUACAGAGUGUUAUGCGAACGAAGAACGUGACUGGUGUAAGGAAUAAUUACAGAAAAAUAAGUUAAAAAUAGAUAGACAUAUCAUGAUAAUUAAAUAAUUAUAAUUAUUGUCGGCUAAAAGGCAGCAGCUCUUUCAGGGUAGUCGAUGGACUGCCGCAUGUUUAAUGGAUGAUACCAAACAAACUCCAGAUAACGGUUGCAUACAAUUUUGCAGGUAAUGGAAAAGGAAACAAAAAAAAUACAAUACGAUUCAAGAAACUAUUAAUCUUCAUACUCUCAAAUAAAUUCUUAAUAAAUUCUACAAAUCUGAA